AUUCAGAGACGGUGUCAGAUGAGACAGGAGCAUUUUAACAUAAGUUACUGAGGAAGACCAAGACAAGAAUGACCAACAAGGGCCUAAGUCCCAGGCUAACCACAAUUCUCCUCCUGUUGAUGGCUUGGUUGGCUAUGAUCAAUGCUGCCACUUUUGAGAAGUUCCUGCGACAGCAUGUGGAUUACCCAAGGACCGAAGUCCCAGAUACCCAACGGUACUGCAAUCUCAUGAUGAAACGUCGGCACAUGGCAACCAGUAAAUAUUGCAAACAUCUCAACACGUUUGUCCACAUGGAAGUCCCUCAGAUCCAAGCCGUCUGUGGCCCGGCAGGAGAACCAACCGUGGGAGACCUCCGGGAGAGUAACUCCAGCUUCCCCUUGACAUUGUGCAAACUUUAUAGGGGCUCCUGGGCUCCAGAUUGCAACUACAUUGGAACCAGCGCUGUCAAUAGGAUUAUUAUUGCUUGUGAAGAUGGCUACCCAGUCCACUUGGAAACUGAAGUUCCAGGUUAUAUGGAGCUGGAGGAGUGAAGAAAUGUGGGUCCAAAGUAACCAUUUCAGCUGUCUGCUUUUUCUCUCUAUUUGCUUCUACAGGUAGGCCUCGACUUACAACCAUUCAUUUAAGCAACUGUUCCAAGUUACUAAGGCUUUGAAAAAAGUGACUAGAAAAAAGUCACUUGACUUGAAAA